AUGGCAUCCCCCGACCCCAUCGCCAACGGCGUCCGGCCGCGCGCGCCCCCCUCGUCCCCGCCCUUGUCGUCGACGGCGCCGCGCGCGCCCCCGCCGCCCGAGAUCGAGUCGACGCUGUCCCGGCUGUCAGCCUACCGCAACGUACGCGGCGUGAUGGUGCUCGCGCGCUCGUCGGGCGCGCCGGGCUCUGGCGGCAUCGUGCAGAGCACCGGCGCCGUGUUCGAGGGCGAGAGCGGGCGGCGGUACGCCGGCAGUCUGGAGGCUGUGGUCAACGCGACUGCUGGUGCCGUGGCUACUGUUGAUGAGGGCGACGAGCUCAAGCUCAUGCGGAUACGCACCAAGCGGCACGAGCUCAUCAUCACGCCUGACGACCGAUACCUCCUCGUCGUGCUGCAGGACCCGGGGCAAUAAUCCGUCGGCAGUUGUCGUCGCGCUGGCAUAGGGCCGGUCGACACAGCACGCGCCUCCGCCCCGCAGAUCGUGAGGAGGGAACCUUGCGUCGUAAUCCCAAAUACAGUUGCACCCAGGGCCCUCCCUCCCUCGUCAACCUGAAUACAACCUCUCUCCCACCAAGUCCAUCACCACACUUCUAAUGCCUGUACACACUGUACACCUCGUAAUGAUCACAUGCACGCACGCGCACGAAGGGUUGCACGCGGCGGCGGGUGGAGCAGAGCGGGACGGGACAGGUCCAGAAGACGGAC